GAAACGCCAUGGUUGCCUCUGUUUACUUCACGCCGAACUUACUUCACGCUGCGAAACGAAACUUGCUGAUCGAGUCACGGUUUACAAAACGGCGCAUUUUGUUCGGAAAAGCUCGUUUUUGUUUGCAGCCGGUACUGAGUUCAGGCGUUUGAUUCCACCAUGUCCGGCCACGGUCACGGACACGGACACGGUCACAGCUGCGGGUCGGAGGAGCAGCAUGAGCCCGCAGAGAGGGGCCUGGAGUUCGGGCUGUACCAGCGCAUCGACCUGGAGAAGCUGCAGUGUCUGAACGAGAGCAAGGACGGAGACGGCAGGCAGGUGUUCAAGCCGUGGGACCAGCGGAACCUGCGAGACAAGUAUGUGGAGAGUGACGUGGAUGAAGAGCUGCUGUUCAACAUCCCUUUCACCGGCAGCGUCAAGCUGAAAGGCAUCAUCAUCUCUGGAGAAAACGACGACUCUCAUCCAGCUGAGAUACGACUAUAUAAAAACAUCCCUCAGAUGUCGUUUGACGACACUGGCAGGGAACCCGAACAAGCGUUCAGACUCAACAGAGACCCGCUGGCUGAGCUGGAGUAUCCAACAAAGAUCGCUCGCUUUUCCAGCGUCCAUCACCUCUCCAUCCACAUCUCAAAGAACUUCGGAGACGAGAACACUCGCGUGUACUACAUCGGUCUCAGAGGGGAAUAUUCAGAGGCUCACAGACAUGAAGUGACCAUCUGUAACUAUGAGGCGGCAGCAAACCCAGCUGAUCACAAAGUGGAGAGCAUCAUCCCACAGACCAACUUCAUCUCCUGAGCUCUGGAGGGGAGGAAGAGGAGGAGGAGAGAUUCUAGAGGCGUUUGCUGAAUGUUUAAUGAUGAGUUCAGAGCUGCGUUUAGGCAGGGAGGAUGAGUCUGAGUGGGAGCGAGCACUGAAAUCCUGAAAAGCAACGUGUUUUAGUUGUUUCCAUGGCAACAUGGUGUGAAGGCUCUAUAAUGCUGGCGAAGAUACAUGAAAUAUUUUUCUCUGAUGAAUUCUGCUGUUAAAUAAAGUAAGGAAGGCAGGACAGGUCAUUUUUCUGUUACAUGAACAUCUUGGUUGCCAUGUCAACAGCCUGGAUUCAUCAUCAGCUGCAUACAAUAACAUCUCCAGAUUUAAAUGAUAAACAAAGUUGAUUCUGAAACAGAUCUGAAGCCAUUCUUGAACUUUUUUCAUCUUUGCUGCUGCUUAAAGAAAUAAAAAUAAAAGAUGCUACAACACG